CUCCCUCACCUCCGACAAAUCUACGCACGGUUUCGAACGGACGAGUCGGACGUUUUCAGAUCAGUUUCGGAACAGUAGUUGAAGUAGUAAGGUGGCCCCGUGAUUAGGCAGGUCACAGUUACUGCUAUCGUGCACUGAGAUAUUUGAACUUUUCCGAUCGCCGGUUUUUCCUAUGAAAACUUGUGUCCCGUACGAGUCUAGUGAAUUCAAACGGACCCAAUUCUGUGCUUUGCCAACCACCUGUGGAUUUACCGUGUCUAUGUGCCCGCAAGUUUUGGAUAACCACUGACCCGAACCGAUACAAUCUGAAAGGCUGAAAUAUGAAAUUAGUACCUGGGCCUCUGCCACCAAUACCCACUGGAACUACUAUGGAUCGUCUGCCACUGCCUAUGCCUUUCAGUCCAGAUCUGUUGUGGAGGUAUCCUUUAGGAUUUUCCUCAAUAGGCCAACAACCAUCCUCACCUCUCUUGGACUACAAAAGCCAACUGCCAUCAAGCUUAACAUCAGACCCAAGGUUGUGGUCGAGGGAAGACGUCAUAACUUUCUUGAGAUGGGCGGAAAGAGAAUACGAUAUCCAACCCAUAGAUAUGGAUAUGUUCCAAAUGAAUGGUAAAGCAAUGUGUCUCCUCACCAGGACAGAUUUGGGCGAAAGAGCGCCAGGCUCUGGAGACGUUUUAUACAACGUUCUUCAAAUUCUUGUUCGCGAGGCGAAUGCCUUCCAACGGAUGUUACCAUCGAGUCCAGUGACACCAACAUCACGACACCCGUACCCAAUUUCUCCCCACUCGCACCCCCCAACCCCCACCUGGAACGUCCUCGCUCAAAACAAUGGAGAAUCCUUCCAGAGCUCCCACACUGCUAACCUUGCAGCACAACUCUUGGCCCACAGUAAUUCGGUAACUCUGAGUCCAGCACCCUCUAUGGACAGCCAAAACAGUAGCCCUCAACACUCGGACCAUCAAACCUACAGCCACAACGCAUUCAGUACAACUGGUAGUAAUGGCAGCAAUCCUUCCGAUUCAGACGAAGAAGAGAAGAAAUGGAGUCAGACAAGUCCUCCUAACACUCCAACAUUCACCUUCAAUACACACUCAGUACAAACAGGUCCACCAAGGAGCCCCAAGGAACCAAAUUUCAGUCCAGACUCUUAUGUUCGGAGUUUCGGAAGAGAUUUCUUCCCCAAUGAUUCGCCAGAACCAAACACGAAUGGAAGAUUGUUGUGGGACUUCCUUCAGCAAUUGCUGAACGAUCCGGCUCAAAGAUACACAAAUCACAUCGCGUGGAAGAACAGGGAAACAGGUGUUUUUAAAAUAGUAGAUCCAGCUGGACUUGCAAAACUCUGGGGAAUUCAAAAAAAUCACCUUUCUAUGAAUUACGACAAGAUGUCUAGAGCUUUGAGAUACUACUACAGGGUGAACAUCUUGAGGAAAGUUCAAGGCGAGAGACAUUGUUACCAGUUCCUGAGGAAUCCCACAGAACUCAAAAACAUAAAAAACAUUUCUUUACUUAGACAACAAAUGACGAUAUCGCCUACAAAUAAAAGUUCUUCAAGUCAAGCAACGCCUCCCCAGAUGGUGCCGCAGAUAAACGUCAAACCUGAACCAACAGAAACGCAGGAAAGUGCCCGAAUGGAAUAUGACGAUAAGCCUACCGAUCUUAGUAUGGACAAAAGCCCCACCGAUUUGAGUAGUAAUAGACAUGUGAAUAUAGUUUGUUCGCCUGAUCCCCCAAUACAGGCAAACUAGCAGCAAAUGAUACGUGAUUAUGUGCAUUAUAAAACUUUAAGUGCCAAUGCAAUAGACCUUAACAAAUGUGCAAAUAGUGAUAGUUUUUGUAAAUAGUGUUUAUUAUACAGAGAUUUUUAUAAAAUUGUGCAUAGGAUAGUAUAGAUUGCAUAUUUUUAUAAGAAUUUUAAAUAAUGUGCCAAAAUGUCGCCCCUGCAAAGAACUAAUUAUUCCUCAAAUUAUUUCAAUUCAGAUAUCAAAUUAAGAAUCAAAAUGGUUUUUGAACAUAAAAAGUUUUAUCAUUGUGGGGUCUGAUGUAGACAUAAUCAUUUGGACACAAAUGGUAGCGUUGACUGCCAAAGGCAGCUUUAAUUUCCCCAUUAUGGAGAAAAUGUCACAAUUGUGAUAGUUUCAUUAAUGACAAUAAAAAAUUAUCGAAUUUUGCAAAGGAAUUGAAAUGUACAAAAAGAUGGGACUGGAAAAACAUUUUCGAUUGAUUUGGUUGAGAGAAAACACAAAACAUUCCACUAGAAAAAACUUGUCUCACAUUUUUGGAAAUAUAUUUUCAAAUAUAAAGGCUGAAUUCCCAGCUCAGUUUCUGUGAUCUCUGAAUGAAUAUUUGACUCAACAUGUGUGAUUUUUCUAAUUAAAGAUGCAGUAUAUAUCUAUUAUAUAUAUUGAAUAUUCAUAUAAAUUUUGUAUAUAGAAGAAAACUAAAUUCAAACAUUUCAAAAUUAGAAAAUUUAUAGGGUUGAGAGCUUUAGAAUGUGUUUUCAUUUUGUCAGUUGGUAUUUUGUUCCAUUAUGUUUAUUUUUGUAAAUAGAACUGUGGAAAUAUGCAAUAAUUUAAGUCUUUAACUCAUACAUACUUGUAAAUUGUUUUUUAUAAAAAAUAUUAUGUUGUUAAAGAUGGAAAAACUGAAAUAGAAUACCAUCAGAAUUCUA